AUUAUGGCCUCCCUCCCUCGCACCAGUCACGUAGAUACACUAUUACUCAUCUCUCUAUCUCUCUCUCUCUCUCUCUCUCUCUCGUCCUUGCUUAUCUCUUCUGCCUUCUCCACCUUCCGCUGUCUGUGUCGCUUGUUUUUCUCGUUUUUAUGUGCUUAAUUUCCUGAGUUUUACAAAUACAUACACACACACAUAAAAUUAUUUAGUGCCUAGGUUGAUGAAGGAUUACUGAGUGGUGAGUGGUGAACUUAGCAAGCAAGAAACAUGUGGGUAGUAAGGAAGGGAGUGUCAGAUAUCAUCUCUCCAGUCUCCAUCCAUAUCCAUGGACCAUCACCAUAUGCAUGCACAACACCUGUUCAUAUAUCCCAUCACCCAAAUAAACAAACAAACACAAAAUGUGAUGAGGCAUUGGCUGCCGACACUUGAUGCUACUUCCUCCGCCACAUGAUCUAGCACUCACUUGGAUCUGAUCGUCAUCAUCAGCUGUAUCCUUACGCUUCUUCCGAACUGGUUCAAGUUCAAAGAAUGGCAUCGGCAUGGGGUAGCGGUGGUGGUCGCCAAAUUUAAAGCUCCGUCGUCUCUAAUUGACCAUUCUACCCCUACUACAACCUAUUACUACAUUCCAAUGGCAUUGUACUUGCUGCUGCCGACUGUGUUCCUCCUCUGUUUGCUUUUCCCGCCAUGCAUGCCUCUAACGGUCGGAACUGAAACGGAAGCUGAAGCCCUCCUUGAGUUGAAGAGGCAGCUCAAAGACCCCCUGAAUGUUCUCGAUUCCUGGAAAGAGACCGCAGAUCGGUCGCCCUGCAACUUCUUCGGAGUCGCCUGCGAUCGGAUUAGCGGGAAAGUAAUUGGAGUUGCUCUUGAUAACAAGUCCCUCUCGGGUGAGAUUUCGCCCGCCAUUGGUGUUCUUGACAGUCUCGCCACACUUUCGCUGCCUUGCAACAACAUUACAGGAAAGCUUCCUGCCCAAGUCACUCGUUGUGCCAAUCUCAAAACUUUAAAUCUCACCGGCAACAAAAUGGUGGGAGCAAUCCCGGAUCUUUCUGCCCUCGGAAAAUUGGAGAUUCUUGAUCUUUCUACAAACUCCUUCUCCGCGGCAUUCCCAUCAUGGGUGGGGAAUCUGACUGCGUUGAAUUCCCUCGGGCUCGGGGAAAAUGAAUUUGAUGAAGGUGAAAUCCCUGAGGGGCUUGGAAACUUGACCAACUUGACUUGGCUCCAUCUGGGGAAUUCCCAGUUCAGAGGAGAGAUUCCGGAAUCUGUUUACAAAAUGAAGGCACUGGAGACGUUGGAUAUGUCGAAGAACAAGCUCUCUGGGAAGCUCUCCAACUCGAUUUCCCAGCUGCAAAAACUCAAUAAGAUUGAGCUUUUUCAAAACAAUUUGACUGGGGAAAUCCCACCAGGGCUCGCUAAUCUCACCCUCCUAAGGGAAUUUGAUUUCUCAUCAAACAAGUUUUAUGGGAAGUUGCCUUCCGAGAUGGGAAAUCUCAAGAACUUGGUGGUUUUUCAGUUAUUCAGGAACAAUUUCUCCGGGGAAUUCCCUGCUGGGUUCGGCGAUAUGAAACACCUUGUUGCAAUCUCAAUUUAUGAAAACAGAUUUUCCGGGGAUUUUCCAACCAAUUUUGGCAGAUUCUCACCUUUGGAAAGCAUUGACAUAUCCGAGAAUCAGUUUUCAGGUGGUUUCCCAAGGUUUCUUUGUGAAAAGGGCAGGUUACAAUUCUUGCUUGCUUUGGGCAACAAUUUUUCUGGGGAGCUGCCAGACUCUUACGUUCGAUGUAAAUCUCUAGAGAGGCUGAGAGUCAAUCAGAACCGUUUGUCUGGGAAGAUUCCAGCUGAGUUUUGGUCACUUCCCUACGCAACAAUGAUUGAUUUCAGUGAUAACGACUUCAGCGGAGAGAUAUCCCCCAGCAUUGGGUUUUCUACCAGCUUGAAUCAGUUGAUAUUGAAGAACAAUGGUUUCUCUGGUUAUCUUCCGCAACUUGGGAACCUAUCAAACUUGGAGAGGCUCUAUCUGAGUGGUAAUAAAUUUUCCGGUGAAAUACCUUCCGAAAUUGGUGCUCUAAAGCAGCUGUCAUCUUUGCAUCUUGAACACAAUUCUCUGACAGGAUCGGUACCAUCAGAAUUGGGAUACUGUGUUAAGUUGGUGGACGUGAAUCUUGCUUCGAAUUCUUUAACUGGUAAUAUCCCACGCACGUUAUCACUAAUAAGCUCUUUGAACUCUCUAAAUCUCUCGCAAAAUAGCCUCACGGGUUUGAUUCCUGAAACUUUGGUGAAACUGAAGCUAAGUUCUAUAGAUUUGUCGGGGAAUCAGUUAUCCGGAAGAGUACCAUCUGAUCUUCUGACCAUUGGAGGAGACAAAGCCUUUGAUGGAAACAAGGGACUCUGCAUUGAUCAAUAUUCCAGAACACGUACAAAUUCUGGGAUGAACAUGUGUACUGAAAAGCCGAAUCAAAAAAAGGUGCUUGAAAAUAAACUGGUUUUGUUCUCGAUUAUAGCAUUGGCGUUGGUUGCUGUUUUUGCUGGAUUACUGCUGGUUAGUCAUAAGAACUUCAAGCUUGGGGAGGCAGUUGACAGAGAAAAUAAUUUGGAAGCAGGGAAGGAGAAAGAUCUGAAAUGGAAACUUGCGUCUUUCCACCAGUUGGAAAUAGAUGCAGAUGAUAUAUGCGAUUUGAAAGAAGAAAAUUUGAUUGGAAGUGGCAGUACAGGGAAAGUUUACCGCAUAGAUUUGAAGAAAGGUCGUGGCACGGUAGCUGUCAAACAACUCUGGAAAGGAGAUGGCAUGAAGCUUUUGACUGCAGAGAUGGACAUUUUGGGGAAGAUCAGGCAUAGAAAUAUACUGAAGCUAUACGCUUGUUCAGCGAAUGGCGGAUCUAGUGUUCUCGUGUUUGAGUACAUGGCAAAUGGUAAUUUAUUUCAAGCGCUUCACAGGGAUAUUAAAAGCGGGGAGCCCGAAUUGGAUUGGUGCCAGAGGUAUACGAUUGCUUUGGGAGCAGCUAGGGGCAUUGCUUAUCUGCAUCAUGAUUGUUCACCAGCUAUAAUUCAUAGAGAUAUUAAAUCCACCAACAUUCUGCUCGACGACGACUAUGAGGCAAAAGUUGCUGAUUUCGGAGUUGCAAAGAUUGCAGAAAGCUCUCAGAAGGGUUGUGAUUACAGCUCCCUCGCUGGCACACAUGGCUAUAUUGCUCCUGAGCUGGCUUAUACUGCUAAAGUGAACGAAAAGUGCGAUGUGUAUAGUUUCGGUGUGGUGCUGCUCGAGCUAGUAACUGGCAGGAGACCAGUUGAAGAGGAUUACGGUGAAGGAAAGGAUAUUGUUUACUGGGUUUCAACGCAUCUGAGUGACCGUGAAGCGGUUGUUAAGAUUCUAGAUGAUAAAGUGGCACAUGAAUGUGUCGAGGACGACAUGAUCAAGGUCUUGAAGGUUGCUGUUCUCUGCACUACCAAGCUACCGUCCUUGCGCCCGACAAUGCGGGAUGUUAUAAAGAUGCUUACGGCUGCUGAUCCUUGCACUUUCAGGUCCGGAAACAACACCUGUAACGACGAAAACGUCAAGGAUUUCUCACCCAGUACUGAUGAAUUGUCUCUUUUAGCAGUAGCUAGCUAAUUGCAAGGUUCAAAAGGUAGAUACAUAGUGUUAAUUUCUUCGUUUUAUAAUGCUUGUCAUGUAAGUAGAGAAUUUAAAAUCAUAUAUAUGCUUAGUAAAUGUACCGUUAUGUUUACGGGUAAUGCUAAUGAGAUCAAUUUUGUAAACUAAAUUUUGUAAAUCAUUUGACGUGGUUGUUGAUGAUUGAAUUAUUACUUAAGUGUUGAUUAA